UCCUCCCUCCCAACUAUAUGAUAUAUCAUCACAUUAACAUGUGGAAAUUAAAUCGCCUCCAUUUCCGUGACUAACUUCCACUACUCUGUGCACUCCGCUCACACUACAUACACCGCCCAUAUCCAAGACAAAAACCAGGCCGGUGAUAAGUUUUUUUUUUUUUUUUUUUUUUUUUCCUGAACCGGUUCGUCGCGAACCCAACUAAUGGCCGCUCUGUUACCUUGCACGCCGACUAUACUCUCUGCUCCGUUCGGGAACCGGACCGGGAGCCAUCUUCCACUUCGACCUCACUCCCACGCUUUCUCGGCUUCUUCCAAACGCUUUCUUCGAGGUUCGCUUUCUAUUGCCCGAUUUGGAUUUCAACCCGGUUUCUUGCCCGAACCGGAUGACGCUGAGGUCGUUAUCAGGGAAUUGCUUGCCCGAGCGGAGGGUUUUUUUUACACAAUUGCCGAUGCCGCUGUUUCGUCUUCCGAUACAGCGAUAACUACCACCACCACCGCCGCCAAACAGAACAACGAUUGGCUUUCUGGAAUUACCAAUUACAUGGAAACUGUUCUCAAGGUGCUCAAGGAUGGGCUUUCUACUUUGCAUGCGCCGUAUGCUUAUGGUUUUGCAAUUAUACUGCUCACUGUUCUUGUAAAAGCUGCCACAUUUCCAUUGACAAGAAAACAGGUAGAAUCUGCCAUGGCUAUGCGAUCUUUGCAACCUCAAGUAAAAGCUAUCCAGAAACAGUAUGCUGGGGAUCAGGAGAGAAUUCAACUUGAAACUGCUCGAUUAUAUAAAUUAGCCAACAUUAAUCCUCUAGCAGGAUGCCUGCCUGUUCUCUUAACAACACCGGUUUGGAUUGGGCUAUAUCGAGCCUUUUCUAAUGUAGCAGAUGAAGGACUCCUUAAUGAAGGCUUCUUUUGGAUACCUUCUCUUUCUGGCCCAACUACAAUUGCAGCUCGGCAAAAUGGAAGUGGCAUCUCUUGGCUUUUUCCUUUUGUGGAUGGUCACCCUCCCCUUGGAUGGUCAGAUACAUUGGCUUACCUUGUCUUGCCUGUUUUGCUGGUUGUCUCUCAAUACAUUUCUCUUCAAAUAAUGCAGUCAUCAUCACAGGCUACUGAUCCCAACGUGAAGAAUACUCAAGUCUUAAACAAGCUCCUUCCGUUAGUAAUUGGUUAUUUUGCACUUUCAGUUCCUUCUGGUCUUAGCCUUUACUGGUUCACCAAUAACAUAUUGAGCACUUUACAGCAAAUAUGGCUUCAAAAGUUAGGAGGCGCAAAAAAUCCUGUGAGACAAGUUCUAGAUGGUAAUGUGAAGGAUGACCUAAUGCAGAUUCAGAAGUCAGUAACUAAAUUGAAUUCCACAGAAGUUGAAGAAGCCAGGAAAAGUGAGAAAUUGACAUCAGAGGGGCCACGACCUGGUGACAGAUUUAAGCAAUUGAUGGAGCAAGAGACAAGGAGGAAACAACAGCGAGAAGAAGAAAAAAGGAAAGCUGCAGCUAAAGCAAAUCAGGAGCAAACAAUUGAAGGGGGAAAUCAAGCUGUAAGUGACUUAGUUGAAAAAUCGCAUUCUGUGGCUGCGGAUACUGAUCCAUCCAUAUCUGGAGUAGUAAAUGGUAAUCCAUUAAGUAAGGACUUGGAGGGAAAUCAGAAUUCUACAUCUACAUCUGAUAGUGAAAAUAACGAAGGUUCUUCUCAUUUCAAUGCAGUAAACGAGAAAAUUCUAGAAAAGGAACCAAGAGAAGUAUUAACAACCAGAGCUACUACAAACAAGCAACAUCAUGGAGAAGACCUAGACCGCGUGACAAAGGAUUGACCAAUUAGAAGAGUUAUAAAUUCAGCUGCUGUGAGAUUGACCAGCCCAGUUGGCGUCUAUAGUAUAGGCUAUGUUAGAAACGCGACGUCCCAUGCAAUCUGAAGUUUCUCUGCUUAACACUGGACAUUGCCACACAAAUGAUAGAAUGAAAGAGAUUAGAGAUGUCUACCAUCGCUGGUGGGGGGAGGAUUGGGUUUGAUUUACGAUUUGAUGGCUGAUAUGCAGUUAUAUAGUUUAAGUUUGUAUUAUAUUUUUUUCCACAAUUUUCACUAGUUAUUUAAUAAAUAAAGAGAAUACCCCAUAUAGUCUGCUUGUCAUCAUCCAUUCUAUUUUUGUUUGUUGCUGUACGAUGAGUCAAUAAAGUCUGGUCUAGGCAUGUAAGAGGACUUUACAAUGGGCUUUAUAGUAUUUUUCUCGUAAUAUUCGACCACUUGCACUGAUUA